AUGAAGCAGUUUAGGUUGGUUAAUGCGGUUUCCGCAUCAUGCAUGAUUAUUGGCCUCGUGAUGGCCAAUUCGGACUCGAUGUUCAGUAAGUGGACACAGGACGACCUGGUCGACUACUUGCACGACAACAAGAAGAGUCUGGAGAAGUACGCCACAGAGUCGAUUGAGGAUUUGAAGAAGGAAGCGUCCCAGGUGUGGGACAAACACGCGCAGCCCAAGCCAUGGUGGCAGGUGUGGUCUAGUGACAGCAGCGUCGGCAGCAACAGCAACUCCGGAUGGUUCGGCAACUCCGGGUCUUCGGUGUCGGACUGGAUUUUCGACACUUGGUCUACAGACAGUCUGCGCAACUUUUUGAAGAAGAACGGCGUGGACGUGGAUGACGCCAAGGCGUCCAAGGACUCGCUAGUGAAGACCGCCAAGGAGAACUUUGCCAAAAUAUCCAAGUCGCUGAAGUCAUCUGGUUACUAUCCUUCCAGCUCGUACUUCGACAGCUGGUCCACUGAGGACCUGCAAAGCUGGUUGAGUGACAACGGUAUUGACUACGACAAGGCCGUUCAAAACAAGAACGAACUGGUCCAGAAAGUCAAGGAAAACAUCUAUAAAACCUCUGAAAAGGCCGAACAGCAGCGUCUGGGCGUGCUUGAAAGUCUCGACCUGGCUCACCAGCAAAUCUUAGAUACUACGGGCCAAAUCAAGGACACAGUGUUCGACAAAUGGUCGAGUGACCAGUUGUACAACUGGCUGGAAAACCACAAGGUCAAACUUGACAAGAACAUGUCCAAGAAACACGACUAUUUGGUCAGAAUGGCCAAGGAAAACACCGACAACUUGAAGGACGACAUAUAUUGGUACCUAGAUUACAUGAAGAGAGAAUCUUCUCCAUUCUUGGCCAAGACUCCAGAAUACGUCGGUUCCGUUUGGGACUCCUCCAAGAACUAUCUUUCGAACCUCUAUUCCAAGUUCAGAGGUAAGACUGACAACUUGGUCAACGACACCUUCUUGGUGGACAUCGACUCAUGGUCAAAGGACAAGUUAAAGAUGUUUCUAGAUGCUCGCGGUAUCAAGCACUCAAUGCUGUCCACCGAAAACCAAUUGAGAGAACAGGUGAAGCAAUCAAGAAAUGAAAAACUGAAGAUUAUACCAAAGGACUACCAGAAAUACUUUGACAACAGUAACUGGUCCUUGAACGACAUCAAAAGCUGGUUUGCUGAUAAGAAGGACGACUUCCAAGAUUCUCAAGCUUACUCCACAAUCAUGCAAGAUUUCGACAAGGUCUCCAAGAACACAAACGACGCAAAGGACCAGAUUUCUCAAACUUGGUCAAACACAUUCCAGAGCUGGUCUCAAGAAGAUCUACUGCAAUAUUUGAAAUCUUUUGGUGUUCCCGUCAAGCAAACCUCCACAAAGGAUGACUUGAUCAACUUGGCCAAGCAAAACACCCAAUGGUUAUUCGGUACCGUUCAAGAACCAGCUUAUAAGAGAUAUUUCCACAAUGUUAAAAACUGGUCAAAGAGCUUACUAAGAAUCAAUUAG